UAGUUUCCUGGGACAUGACACAGUCGUUCAGUCACAGAAAUACUGAAUAUCAGUACAAGAUCACCUUUCACAUUACCGUGUAGUAUUCUCUUAGCAUAACUCAUCACUAUUCGCUUUUGCCAGCUGAGUGAAAUAAGCUGGCCGACAUGGAGGCAGUGCCGCGAAUGCCGAUGAUUUGGCUGGACCUGAAAGAGGCUGGGGAGUUUCAGUUCACCCCGAGUGUGAAACAGUUUAUACUGAAAAACUAUGGUGAGGAUCCAGACAACUACAAUGAGCAGCUCAAGAAAUUGGAGCAGUUGAGGCAGAGUGCAGUUAAUGUAACAAGAGACUUUGAAGGCUGCAGUACGCUGCGGAAAUAUUUUGGACAGUUACACUACCUGCAGAGUCGCGUGCCCCUGGCGCCAGGACAGGAAGCUGCUGUCCCUGUUUCCUGGACAGAAAUAUUUUCUGGAAAGACAGUCACUCACGAUGACAUUAGCUAUGAGCAGGCCUGCAUCCUCUAUAACCUCGGUGCACUCCAUUCAAUGUUAGGAGCUAUGGACAACAGGGUAUCUGAAGAGGGGAUGAAGGUGUCAUGCACACAUUUCCAGUGCUCUGCGGGAGCAUUCUCCUACCUGCGAGAUCACUUCAGCCAUAACUACAGUGUGGACAUGAGUCACCAGAUCCUUAAUCUCAAUAUCAACCUAAUGCUGGGUCAGGCCCAGGAAUGUCUCUUGGAGAAGUCCAUGUUGGACAACAGAAAGAGUUUUCUCGUUGCUCGGAUAAGCGCUCAGGUAGUGGACUAUUAUAAAGAGGCGUGCCGUGCCCUGGAGAACUCUGACACCGCCUCUAUGCUUGGGAAGAUCCAGAAAGACUGGAAGAAGCUUGUGCAGAUGAAGAUUUACUAUUUUGCUGCUAUUGCUCAUCUGCACAUGGGAAAGCAGGCUGAAGAGCAGCAGAAGUUUGGCGAGAGGCUAGCCUAUCUUCAGAGCUCACUGGACAAACUGAACGAAGCUAUAAAGUUAGCGAAGGGUCAGCCAGACAGCGUGCAAGAAGCCUUGCGGUUCACUAUGGACAUCAUCGGGGGAAAAUUUAAUUCAGCUAAGAAAGAUAAUGAUUUUAUUUACCACGAGUCCAUCCCAUCUCUAGAGACGCUACCCACAGUCAAAGGUGCCCCUCUGGUCAAAGCUUUACCUGUAAACCCAACCGAUCCCAGUGUAACUGGACCAGACAUUUUCUCUAAGUUGGUACCCAUGGCAGUUCAUGAAGCUUCUUCACUCUACAGUGAAGAAAAGGCCAAGCUGCUAAGGGAAGUCAUGGCAAAAAUAGAUAGCAAGAAUGAGACUUUAGAACAAUUCAUGGACUCGCUGAACCUGGACCCAGACUCUGUCGACAACAUGGACAUGUACAACAACAUCCCUCCCGUGCUGAUGGAGAGGUGUGCGGCUUUAAGUGUGAGGCCGGACACUGUGAAGAGCCUCACACAGUCUAUGCAGGUGUUGUCAGGCGUGUUUACAGACGUGGAGGCCUCAUUGCGGGAGAUCAGGUCAGUGCUCGACGAUGAUGAGGCAGGCGAGCGAAGACUGGAGGAGGCUGUGGGGAAGCAGGUGGUUCCAGCCCCACUUGCCACCUUGGCUGAGCUCCGUAAAGACCUGGAUAAAUACCUGGAGGCCCAUGAGAAAGCCAGCUUCACCAACACUGAGCUCCACCGGGCCAUGAAUCUGCACAUCAGCAACCUGCGACUGCUAGGAGGACCACUGGACACUCUGAGAGAGGCACUACCAAGACCACAGCUGAGUGAAGAUGAAGUGGCAGGUCUCCAGUGCAUGAAAAGGAUUCUGAGUAAAGUGCAGGAGAUGAAGGACCAGCGCAGCUCUCUCGAGAAGCAACUGAGGGAGCUCAUCCAGCAGGAUGACAUCACUGCCGCUCUGGUCACCACCGAGCGUGCAGAUAUGAAGAGAUUAUUUAUGGAGCAACUGAAGAAGUAUGAACAGGUGAAGAUGUACAUUGAUCAGAACCUAGCUGCUCAGGAGAACAUCCUGAAGGCACUGACUGAGGCGAAUGUCCAGUAUGCCACAGUGCGCAAGAUUCUUACUGACACAGAACACAAAUGGAAUAGUACAGUGCAAAUGCUUGUUGCCUCUUAUGAAGCCUAUGAAGACCUGAUGAAGAAAUCUCAGGAGGGAAAAGAGUUUUAUGAGGACUUGGAGGGCAAGGCCUCUCGCCUCUUGGAGAGGGCGCAGACUAUCUGCAAGACCAGGGAAGAGGAGAGACAAGCCCUACUGGAGAAAGAGCUUCAAAAAAAGGCUCCUCAAAGGCCCACAGCCCCAAAACCUGCCCAGAAGGUGGCCCCAGAUAUGGAUUCUGCCAGCCUGGCAGACCCUGAAAUAGCCAAGUUGAAUGCUGCCAUCUUAGCCUUAGGUGGAGACUUGCCAGAAGAACUUCGUAGCUUGCCUCCUGGACUUGUUCUUUCAUCAGCUGGUCUUCCCCUGGUGCCAGACGGUUUUCAUCCAGGGGCCACACUGAGCUCCACACUACAGUGGUCUGGGGCAAGCACUAGUACACUAUAUGCACGACCCCGAUUUCCUCCUAACUUGCCCCCUCCUGAACUUCUUGCCCAAAUUUCCCGUUUUACAGCACUUCCACCAACCCCAGGCUUUAACCACAACAUGCCGUCUGGACCCCUGCCGCGGCAGCAGCAGGUUCCACAGAUGCCUAGCCCUCAGAUAUCUCAGCAUUCCUCAGUGCCUGGGUACUGUCCUCCAUCGUUACAGGUUCAGCCUGCUUUACCCAGAGCACCCACUCCCAUUCGACAAUCCACCACCACUGUAGACAGUGUGCAGACACCCAUUACCAGCUACACUCCUGCAUCAGGGCAGCCAACUAUGCCUGUGUCCACCCCUGGCCACCCAGUGCCCACACCUGCUGUGUAUACACCUCCUACUCCACUAGCCCCUCAGCAACAGUACUUGCAGCAACCUGGUGUUCCUGUGAACCAGCCACCUCAGCAUGUACAUGCACCUCAUCCACAGUCACAGCCUCACCAACCCUUUCCCUGUGGUCAGAGCCAACCACAGCCUUUUUUCCAGCCUGUACCAGCCCAACAACAGAUACCUACACCCCUAACCGGGCCCCAGCCACCUCAACAAACCCAGUCACAGUACCCACAUCAUAUGCAUCAGUCAAGACAACCUGGACCUCCAAACCUUCAGCAACGUCCAUUCAGUGUUCACUCAACACCAUCUUCCUUGCCACAGCCCCAGCAGGUGUACGCUCCUGUUUCAUUUGUUCCUGGCUGCCAACCUGUUAAUGCCCAUAUUAAUGCUACUGCUCAAACACAGCUUCCCCAUCAUACCCUGCAUCCACAAAUACCUCAAGUUUCUAUGCCACGUUUAGCCCAUAUAAAACAGCAAGUGCCACCUUCUUCCCAGCCUUAUAUGCCGCCUGUCAAACAAGUGCAUCCUAUUCCCCCUCCUCAAAUGCACCAUGCCUCACAGCAGGUAGCCCCUGCAGGCCACAUGCAAAUUCCGCCUGCCUCACAACAAAUGGCUCCACCAUCUCAGCCGCAAAUGCUGCAACCUUCCACACAAGUGUCCCCUCCGUCUUGCCAUCAAAUGCCUGCAGCUUCCCAGCCAACACUGCACCCUUCUCAUCCAUCGAUGCCCAUUGUUCCCCAGCAGGUACCACACUCCUCUCAUCCACAAAUGCAUCAUGCUUACCAACCAGCAUUUCCAGCAAAUGCUCCAAGGGUUCCUGUCCCUGUCCAGCCUCAGCUACCUGGAGCCUCUCUAUCACCACAGCUACAAAUGCAAACUAGUGCUCUUCCUCUUCAGCAUCAUGGCCAUCCACAAUCACAGGCACCUUCUGGACCUCAUCCUCCUGUCCCCCCGCAAAUGACCCAGCAUCCUCCAUGCUUACCCCAGCAGCCUCUUCCCCCUCAGUCCACACCUCUGGGUUAUCCUGGUGGGGUCCCUGUAGUUCCCCACCAGUCUGCAGUGCCUCCACAGUCCCAGGCUCUGCCUCCACAACUACCACCAGGGGCAACAAUGACUUAUACUGGCCCUCAUGGUGGGACCAUUCCUCCUGGACCUAGGCAGCAUCCUGGACCAGUUGUACCAGCUGGACCGCAGUCUCUUCCUCAAAGUAUGAUUCCUUCAUCAUCAGUUGCACCAGGGGCUCCACAAGGAAAUGUCCUGCCCUCUCCUACCCCAUCACCUUCUCCAUCACCGAGCCCUUCCUCACUGGUCUUGGUGCCUCAGAGACCUUCUCCAGCUCUCACACCUGUUGCAGGUGCACCAAUACCUCAGCCUACUGCAACACCCCUGCCCUCAUCUGGUCCCAUGCCAUCAUCUGACUCUCCGUUUCAGCGCCAAAAUUCUAGUACAGAUGAUCUUCUUUCUUCAAGCCCUGAAAGUCAGCAUGGAGGCACCAAAGACACUGCCAAUGUCUUGUUGCCUACCAAGGCUGACCCAAAGGACGAACAAAAUCGGAAGAAAUCGGAAGGGGUGAGACUUAUCCAGGGUGACCCAUACCAAGCUCCAGAGAGAGUCUCUCAGCUUUGUGCAGAGCUCGAAACAUUUCGCUCUACUGUGCAAUCUCUGGAGCGUCCUUCAGGAGAGGGAGGCUUGUCAGAACUUGAUGCGCGGUGGAAGGAGCUACAGGACCAGCAGGAGAAGGAUUCUCGUCAGCUCUCCAUUGCUAUAGCCCGCUGCUACACCAUGAAAAACCGCCAUCAGGAUGUCAUGCCUUAUGACCGCAAUCGUGUUGUUCUACACUCUGGCAAAGAUGAUUAUAUCAAUGCCAGCUUUAUUGAGGAUCUUUCACCAUACUGUCCUCGUCUUAUUGCAACACAGGCUCCUCUUACUGGAACUGCUGCUGAUUUCUGGCUCAUGGUCUAUGAACAGAAAGUUUCCUUGAUUGUAAUGCUUGUGUCUGAGCAAGAACUGGAAAAGCAAAAAGUUCUGCGGUACUUUCCAUCUGAAAGAGGACAACAGGUAGCUCAGGGUCCAAUCACACUCACCCUGACAAUCCAGAAGAACACUCCUACCCAUGUGGAGCGGAUGAUUGGAUUGCAGUACCGAGACCAGACUCUGAAACGCACAGUCAUCCACUUGCAAUUCACCUCGUGGCCUGAACUGGGCUUGCCAGAGAGUAAGGGUAACCUCAUUCGCUUCAUUCAGGAGGUUCACGGACACUACCUUCAUCAGCGUCCAUUGCACACACCCGUUGUAGUGCACUGCAGCUCUGGUGUUGGCAGAACUGGAGCAUUCUGCCUGUUGUAUGCUGCACUGCAGGAGCUUGAAGCUGGUAAUGGUAUUCCUGACCUAACCCAGCUUGUGAGGAAAAUGAGGCAACAGAGAAAGAACAUGCUACAGGAGAAGCUCCACCUGAAGUUUUGCUAUGAGGCUGUCCUGAAACAUGCAGAGCAGGUCCUUCAACGCCGUGGCAUCAUUACUUCUCCCAGCCAAAAGGCCGCAAACAACACAGUAGUCAAAUACUCACGGCAGGACGCUCAGGAUAUUGUCCUGGGAGGAGACAUGCCAAUCAGCUCUAUCCAGGCUACCAUUGCGAAGCUCAGUAUUCGUCCCCCCAGCAUUGAAUCUGAGCAGGAGCCAGGUCAGGAGGCAAUACCUUCCUCUCUUGCUGAGCCAGAACCCAUGAUGGUACCUGUGCAAGCCACCGAGGACCCCUCUCCCAUUGAUGCUGUUCCUGCCUCUCUUAGUCCCCCCCUCUCAUGUGCCUCUUCUCCAGGCAAGACACCCUCCCCUUUGCCCCUUAGCCAUCAUGGUAGUGGGUUUGAGGGAUCCACACAGGCCCUGUCAGUCUCCAACCAUCACCCUGCACCUGAAGCAGCUCCUCCAGCAACAUCAUCUUUGGACCUCCUGGCCUCACUGACACCUGAGGCCUUUACGCUGGACAGCGCUUGUCGUGGCAAGCAACGCAUUAGCAAGCAGAGCUUUCUCCAGCCACAGGAGGGCCAAGGUCUACAGGGCCCACCGCAGGGUGAUGACCCCCUCAGUGCUCUGGAUCCACUCUGGACACUCAACAAGACUUGAAAAGUAAAAGAAAACACUAACCGAGAGCGCCAGUCUCUCUCCCAACAUUGGUCCUUUCAGGUAUCCUCUGUCUUUGACCUCCUGGCUCAGCAUUCUACAAUUCUGGUUUUGGAGGCCCAUAGCACUCAACAGUUGACAGUUUUUCCUGCUCAUCAGCUAAUUUGCAUGGCCUUUACAGACUGAAUCAGCUGUGUUGGAGCUCAACUCUGGAAGAAUGGAAGUUAAACACCAUUCUGAUUACUCUUAAAUCCAUUUCCUGAACCAGUUCCCUUUCAUGGCCUGUGCCUCUUGGACCACAUCACUGUGCGUCCGUCUCUGUCUGUCCUUCCAACCGUGUUAUUUCGGUUUUAGUCUGCACUUUUCUGGCACUGUCCUCCUUGAUCCAGGUUCCAUUCCUUAAAAGUCCCUUGGCAUGAACUUUACGUCUGAGAUGAAACAUUGACUCGUUGAGAAUUUUAGGAUGUGGCACAGGUUUAGCAUUUUUCUAGAUGGAGAUUAAUCUUACUACUAGACUUUCCUUUUUAAAUGGGCUUUGAAUGGUGACUGCCUUUUCACAAUGUAAUUUAGACUAGUCUUUAAUUACUUGGAAAACAGGCCUGAUGGUAGAACAAGAUACCGACUUGUCCUCCCUCCAUUUCCCUUGCAGUGUGGCUUGUCUGUUCACUGUGGCACCUGCGUUAAAGCCGCAGCUUUCUGUAAUUUAAAGGAAAAUGCUAACUUUGCUUACAUAAGUGAAACGCCAAUGGGGUCCAGUUAGCAUGGUCCUAUUUAAAUAAUGCUAACUGAUUUCUAUUAACACAUUAGGACAAGUUGCCAUUUUUGGGCGAGUUAUUUAUUUGAUGGGUCAGCUUGUCAUGAAGUGCACACUCAAUAGGCUGAAUAUUCACUUUAUUUGUAACUUUAAUCAGCUCUGUGCAUAUCACAUUCUAAUGAGUUGAUUUGUGCUUCUCAUAAGCAUUGUAAAUACAUCUUAAAUAAAAUUCUUAAAACGUUCCUGAA